AUACAUAAAUUAAAAACCACUUUGUUGCCGGCCGUCGUUGCGCGUUCCAUGCGUGGACAUCGAAAUUAACACAUUCUUGUGAAAUUGGCUAACUCAAAAGAUUUGCAACUCAAAACAAUAACAAAUAAAAUAUUUAAUACCAAUAAAUACUUAUUGUUGUUGCCGCCAUUUGAAGUGAAGUGUAUGUACAUACCUACCUACACAGUGUAAUCGCACAACAAACAAUUGGCUAAGUGACUUAUUGCAGGCAUAUUGCCAUCGACGCGAUCGAUACUGGCUGUAAUAAUCGUAACAGCAAAUCAUCGGUCGGCGUGAUUAAUUGCGUACGAACAGCUGAGCGAGCAGCCGUACAAUUAAACAACUCACGUGGAUAAGCUCAGUGGGAUUUCAUCGAAUUUACUUGGAUUAGUAUGCGGUGGUUGCAAAUCACUUGCAACCAAUAAAACCAGCAAAACGGCGAACCAAAGCGAAUUUUUACACACCAAAACGCGCCCACGCCUGCAAUAUAGCGUGCGGUCACCAACAAAUAAAACAACAACACUAACAGCUGUAAGAACCACACAAAUACUACACACACGCACAAAGAAAAAUCUCAGCAGUCGGAGUAGAAGUAGCCGUCGCAUCCUCACACCUAAUCUCAUUUUGUUUAUAAUGACUUUACUAACAGUAUUCACAAGUGCCGUUGCGGCGCCCACCACCUCAACAACAACAAAAACAGCAGAAGCAGCAGCAGCAGCUCAUUCCACCACACAGCAUACAGUAACUGCUGCAGUACCGGUGACAGCAACGUCAACAAAAGCUGCUGCAACAACAGCCUCGCUAAAAAAAACCUCCCAAAAUACGAUCGAUGUGAGCAGCGGCAUUGUCUAUACGGCGUUGCAGGCAGCACCCCUUGAGGGUUCGCGCCUGCGCAAGCGACAUAGUAAACGCCAUAGUAAUUGGUAUGAUUUUAUUAAUUUCAAUGAGAAUACCACCGAAUUGGAAUGGGUGAAUCCGUGUGGUGGCUUCUAUGUGCCGUCGGCGACGGAGAACGUACGCACUAAGCGACGGAAGCAUCCAAAGCAGAUUUUCAACAUGCUCAAAAAGUCAGCUGGCAAUGAGUAUAAAAUGUUGAAAGCCGGCCAACAGGAUAUUGAUAUAAGCAAUAUACAAAUUUGGUCGCUGCACAAUAAGACUUAUAAAUUCCUGCCCAAAUUGAAGAGCAAUUCAACGAUCGCUUUAAAACGCUGGUAUCGCAACAUACAAUCGUAUGUCGCUUCGUUCGCUUACCUGCGACGCGUUCAACGUGCUUGGGAUAUGGCUAAAUUGCAACGUGAAAAUAGCACUGCACGCGAAUUGAAAAUGUUGCUAUUCAGCGCGCGGCGUAUGCUUUGCGAAUUGGAGACAGCUAUCAAUGGCACCAUGCCAACACCGCGAGCGCUGCGCGGCAACCGUCUACCACAUGUGACGCGUAAUCAAAUGAAUAAGCGCUUAAAGCUCUAUACAAAGCGCCGUGCCGAACGCUAUCCGACAAUGUUACAGGAGGCCAAUAGCAUCGAUUUGAUGUGGGUUAAAUAUUAUUAUUAUGAUUUUUUGGAAACAAUGUGGAAGGUGUUGCGUCAAAAGACGAAGCGCCGUGGCCAAGUCGCAUUGGCGCAACAUCCAAAAGCGUACAACGAGGUGGAGAAGCAUUUUGGUAGCAUUGCGGCGGCGAUGACGCGGCAUGAAGCGGCGGCACCAAGUGGCAGCGUAGAUGGCAGCAGCGAAAGUAUGGAAAAGCGCGCUAAUGGCGGGCGGAUGGCGCAACUAAAGCGCGGCAGUGCAAGUACAACAAUGCACAAAGCGACACACCACAAUGCCAGCGUUGAGGCGGUACAAAACAAUUUUCUGGCCGAACAAAUGUGCCGUGCCACACAAUGCAUGCGUUGCACCAACGCAACAACGCAACAACGCACCAAUAGAAGUUAA